AUGCCAAGGGAACCAAAGGACUUUUUUAAGCACCGUAAAAAGUUUGGUUCCUCCCCCGGAAAUAAGCAGCCUGCGCUGCAAAGAUCGGAAGAUCCUCCAACGUCAUCGCCUCUGUCAGAUCUAUUGAUCACGACUGAACUGACAGUAGAUGAAAAUGGGCAGGACAGAGAAGAGCCGUCCGCCUCAGCGCCGCAAGAUGAGCUCCAAUUGAGUGCACCUGAUCAUGGCAAAGACAAAGAUGAGACUACGCCAAAUCAGAGCUUCAUGAGCAUCGAAUCGGCCCUAACGGCUUCGUCGCAAAACGGACAUUCGACCGUAUCGCGACGAAGAGCCAGAGAUGGCACGGAAGUCGUCGAUGACUCUGAUGGCGACACCGACUCUUCUCUAGAACCCCCUGAGGUUCUACUCGGAACAAUGAGUAAGCCUGCAAAUAAUGCGCCGAACAACUCACUUCGAGAUUAUCAGCCCGAUCAGGCGUUGCUUGCUCAACUUGCGGCGCCUAAAAAGUAUAGAAACACCAUCGACUCCCUAGUACACGAUGCCGUGGACGAUGAUGAGAUCGAAGCCAAUGUGGCCAAAGUGAAGGCGAACUAUGUGCAGCUCCAUGCCAAGGGGCAUAAUGGGAUUGGAGGCUCAAAAAAGGCACUGAACGAGAACAUGCUGGCAACUGCGCUCAGAGGUGAAUCCGACGAGAGCCCUAAUAUACAACGCCUGAUGGACGCAGUGCGAAGGACAGAGGCGCUGGAGCGGCAUCGGGUAUGGCGAUUUUUCAAUCAGGAUCAAACAACUCCCGUCAUGCCAGCUUUCCCAACCAAUCUCUUUACCCCAGAAUCACCUCUGGCUGCACUUAGAGAUUCUGACUCCAGAGCCAGGAUUCUUCAGUCCGGUGUCGUAGAAUACGCAGCGUCACUGCAGCACUUACCAGACGAGUUUUUCCUUUGGCUUUUUAAGGCCAUCCCACUUGAGCCUCGCGAGGAGAUGAGACAGGCGUAUUGCCGAAUCCUAACGCAUGCACCAAAGGAGCGUAUGGUGUUGCUGGCCCGGCAGGACGCCAUAGAUGGGCUUUUCCGGCAAUUAGGGGCUAGACCGCGGGCGUUGAUAACCAGUGAUGAAGUCGUGGCCGACCCCUCGCAAACCUCGACAAGCAAGCCGACGAAAACUCAACGAUCGGCUCUGAUCUCUAUUUUAAGCUUGAUUCGAGGGCUCGCCGCUUCGGAGCAGGUUGACGAGAAAACUCGAGUACAUACAGUGCUGAUCUUGCUUCGUGUCUCUAUUGAUACAUCUUUGACCUCUGAUCCCGUUGUGCGUUCGGAAUUACAGGCGACAUUAACUUCCCUCCUGGAAUUUGGACCGAAAGAGAAGAUCGAAUACCAAAUCUGUCGCCCAGUCUACGAGUGUGUGCGGGAGCCACAAUUUCAAAGCCGGCUCUUGCAACACAUCAUUCCUACCUCGACAUGGGUGUCCUUGCUUCGCUAUCGAAUGGCUGUGGCUUUCUUGCUUCAAGACUCGGGCCCGUUGAAAGAGCCUCCCGAAUCAGUUCUUGACUUGCAAAGGAUUACUGCGCUGCUAACUCGGGAUGAACGAUUUCAAGUCGGACGGCGCAAGAACGACCCGGAUUACGAUUAUGGUGAUUUGGUCGCAUUGACCUCUCAUCUCGAAGUUUGCGUCAACACGGCCCUUGCCGACUUGAAGUUCGCGGAUGCCGAUACCGAGUCCAAAUUCAAUGCUGCCAUCGAUCAGAUGGCGGCUCGGAUUAAAAAACUAUUCACUUCUAUCGAGGACACGGGUGCGUCACACCUCCAACGCAUGCUUGCAAAGCAGGCGCUGGAAACUCUCCACUAUCGAAUGAUGUACUCGGUCCGUUCGAAGGCGCCGCCCAAACGAACCCUAUUUCAAACUUUCCAGAGGGAGAGCAAUCGCAACGUCAAAGACAUGUUCCAAAGAUUGAACAACGGACCCGCCAGUACAGAUGGAGCCAGUGAAGCGCCUGGCACGGAAGGCCUGAACGGCGUGCCAAUUCCAAUCCGCGGGCACGACGCACCGUUGUAG